CUUCACUAGCAACGGUAAAGCGCUGUGCGGUUAACGUGGCUGUGUGGUCAUGGCCCCAGCGCUCUCGCUGUAAGAGCCACCCCCCCCCCCCGAGGGGAGUAGUGCCCAGCGCUGGUGCACGGUCUACGCUGACACUUCACAGCGCUGGAACUUGCAGUGCUCGGGGUGGGGGGGCUGCGCUGUAAAGUGCCAGUGUAGACAAGGCCUCAGUGUGGGUCUGUGCAGUGUACGUGUGUGUGUGGGGGGGCAGCGAUAUGCACACAAACGAAGGCAACUUCUCUGAUGAACAGGUUCUUCCACGUUUGUCCCUGGGAGGGGGCUGUCUGUGCAUCUUUGACUGAUCCCAGCACUGUGAGCGGUGGGAUACCUAACCCCGAGUGAUGGGCACGUGGGGCGGCUCUGAGAUGAUGGGGCAGGGGAGUAUGUGGGGCUGGUGGCUGCAUCCCAGUGCUGGACAAACUAUCUCGCUGUGGCAUUAUGUGCGGCUGUUCCCUAGCUACCCUGCCCCAGAAGUGGCUGCAUAUCAGUGCCGGGUGCACUGUCUCUCUGUGGUGUUGUGUGGCUGUUCCCCAGCUGCCCCGCCCCAGAAGUGGCUGCAUAUCAGUGCCGGGUGCACUGUCCCUCUGUGGUGUUGUGUGGCUGUUCCCCAGCUGCCCCGCCCCAGAAGUGGCUGCAUAUCAGUGCCGGGUGCAUUGUCCCUCUGUGGUGAUAUGUGCAGCCGUUUCCCAACUGCCCUGCCCCAGAGGUGGCCGCAUCUCAGUGCCAGGUGAGCCGUCCCUCUGUGGUGUGGGUGGCUGUUCCCUGGCUGCCCUGCCCCAGAAGUGGCUGCAUAUCAGCACCGGGUGCACUGUUCCUUUGUGGUGUUAUGUGCGGCUGUUCCCCAGCUGCCCCGCGCCAGAGGUGGCUGCAUCUCAGGGCCAGGGGACCCAUCCCUGGAUAUGCUGCUUGGAGAGCCCCGUAGAGAGUAGCGGUAGCUGUGGGGGGGGGGGACACGGCAGGACCGGCUGGAGACGUUGCCCCCUCCCCAGCGAGCCAGCUGCCCCCGCCCCCCAGGAGCUGAGCCUCGUCUGACGCCCAUUGGCCGCCUCCCUCCUCCAUGCGCAGCAGAAAAAAAAAAAAAAAACCAGCCGCUUCCCGCCCGCUCCCUCCCUCCCGGACUCUGCCGCAUUCGCUCCUGCGACGGGAGAGACCCAGGGCUGCAGCAUGGCCACCCCCACCGAGGCACCUAGGCACGAUGGCCAUGGACCCCGGGAUCCCUUCUCCUACGACUACGACACCUUGCGCGUGGUUGGCCUCGUCCUGGCCAUUGUCAUGUUCGUGGUGGGCAUCCUGACAGCGCUGAGUAAAAAAUUCAAAUGUAAAAAGUCCAACUCCAGCCUAUCGGAGGCCAGGCAACCGGGAAAGACCCCAACUCCAGCAGGCAGUGCGUAGGCCUGGUGCCUGGGAUGUAGCGCCCCCCUCUGGCUGGGGGGUGCAGACCCUGCUGCCCCCCCCUCGCCCAGGACGGUCCAAGACCUCAGCUCCAGCGCCCGGCGACACCCGUGGGGGCAGGGAAGGGGAAGCCCUGUUAUCUGAGCCCCCGUCUUUUAGAACCUCUGCCUCCAAUUGGCUAGCGAGCCCAUUGCAUGCUGGGAGCAGGCACCAUAUGCAGGGAGGGGGGUGUCCCUUAGCCUCACUUGGCCCCCCCAUCUUGAUCCACUGGGUCCCCUUCACUUCCUGUCCCCCCCAGCGCAUGUGACCCCCCCAUGCCAUGACUGCUUUGCUUACGGCACCCCCCUCCCCGCUGCAUUGGGGGGGUGCUCCUUGUGGGGGGAACGGACACACAUCACCAACACAUACCCCCAGGCCCAGACGUGGGCCCCACCUGGGCAGGGGGCCCUGGAUGCUGACAGGGUGCUGCUUUCAUGACGUGUUUUCAGCCGCCCGCAGGGGGCGCCACCCCGUGGCUGCCCCCUCCACCCCCAUGCACGGGGCAGAGCAGAUCCAGUGCUCAAUAAACAUAGGGUUGUUUCUUA